ACUUCCCCUUUUUUGUUUCACGCCGUUAAACCCUAUCUCUCUUCCCAACCUUUUCUCUUUUUCCUUCCUUCCAAGUUUCGACCGUCUUUCACCGCCGCCGCUUCAUGUAUUUGGCAUAACCACCACCUGUCCUCCAUCAACGUAGCCCACUACAUCUCCUGUGAGAACGACAAACAGAGGGAAAUGAACUCGUUGGCGCGGAACAUUUCGUGCUCCAUCAGAUCUUCGAUUCACACCAAUUGUCUACAGUACCAGCAAUGGAGGGGGAUCCGGGUGAAGGUAUUGAAAGGGGGUCUAGAGCGGGCACUGACAGUUCUGCAAAGGAAGAUGCAAUCGAGCGGAAUCGAGCGACUGAUUAAGCGUGAACAAAUUCAUCAUAUCAAGAAUUCCGAGAAACGGGUUUUGGCCAGAAAGACUUUGGAGCGCAAAAUUCGAUCGCAGGACCUCGCUCGCAAACUCAAAGACAUCCUUAUAAAGAAAGUCAGGGGUGUAAACAUCUGACUUUUGCAAUAUAGUUGGCAUUUUGCUCCCUUUUCUUUGGAUCCCUUCUUUAACUCUGGAUUGGCUGCCUCUUAGAAGUGCAAUUGAAGCUCCUUUAUUCAGCAGGAUAGCUCCAGUGAGUUUUUUUUUUUCAUCUAUAUUGCUUUCUAUCUAUUUUGUAUUCUCUUAUACAGUGAGCAAUUUUUCAUGCCACUAUGGAUGCUUCCUCAACCCACUCUGACUUCCUCCUUGAUCACUUUUUUACCACCUGCACUUUUGUUGGAUUUCUGAACUUCGUGUUUUGAAAUACUAUGAAUGAUGUAAUGGUCCAUAUAGCUCAUGAGCAUAAUAAAAAGGUUUAAAGAAUUGCUUUAUUUAA